CCUUCCCAUCUCCCAUGCUCUGGGUUUCUUGUUGCUGUUGUGAUACCGUGGAUACCCCUGAUCAGCAGCCUCAAGUAUCUUCAGGAUCAUCAGUCAUUUGUAUGAAUUUGUGACACCUUGUUAAAGAAGCUGAGAAAACCCAUCCCUUUGGAUGAUGAAAUUACCCAUCCGGGCUUUGCUGGUGCUGUUGUCAUGACACGUCGUGUUGAGUGGAACUCUGUGGAUUAAGGAUGACCCAGAAGACUGUGGAAGAUUGAGGAGGAGGAGCAUCCAGAGCCAUCCCUUCUCAGCAGCAGGACAAAGGCAAAACUGAGGAUGAACUACUGGCAGCAUGGCUGGUGUGAGGCUGAAGGCUUUGGUGGUGUUGAUCACUGGUCUACCUUCCAGUGUGAGAGGAGGCUGUAUGAACAGGAUGGCUUCAUCUUACAGAGGGUUCUGGUCCAAGCAGCAGGCUCUGCUCCCAAAGGGGCGCAGAUGCAGCAGAUCUCUGUUCCCAGAGUGCAGCAGGUUCCACAACAGGUGCAAUCUGUGCAGCAUGUCUAUCCAUCCCAGGUCCAGUAUGUGGAAGGAGGAGAAGCUGUUUAUACCAAUGGAACCAUACGAGCCACCUACUCCUACAACACAGAAGCUCAGAUUUACGCCCCCAGCAGCGCAGCCUCCUAUUUCGAGCCGCAGGGAGGAGGUGGAGCUCAGGUGACUACAGCGACAUCCUCUCCUACAGCCAUUCCCUCUCACAACAUGGUGGGCAUCACCAUGGACAUUGGGGGAAGUCAGAUCCUCUCCGGCUCGGGAGCCUAUCUCAUUCAUGGGGGGAUGGAAAACACUAGACAUUCUCUGUCACAUACUUCACGCUCCUCUCCAGCAACGCUUGAAAUGGCGAUUGAAAACCUACAAAAAAAUGAAGGGAUUACAUCACACAAAAGCAGUUUGCUCAACAGCCAUCUCCAGUGGUUGUUGGACAACUAUGAGACAGCAGAAGGUGUCAGCCUUCCCAGGAGCUCUCUCUACAACCAUUACCUGAGGCACUGCCAGGAGCACAAACUGGAUCCAGUGAACGCCGCUUCCUUCGGGAAACUGAUCCGGUCGGUGUUCAUGGGCCUGAGGACUCGUCGCCUGGGAACCAGGGGAAACUCCAAAUAUCAUUAUUAUGGGAUCCGUCUGAAGCCGGAGUCUCCGCUGAACCGCCUGCAGGAGGACACCCAGUACAUGGCCAUGAGGCAACAGCCCAUCCACCAGAAGCAGAGGUACAGACCCGUGCAGAAGAUGGAUGGGGUGGCAGAGAGUGGCUCCAACACGACCCUGCACACCACGCCGGAGCAGUCGGUGGCUGCUCAGAGCCAGCACCACCAGCAGUUCAUAGAUGUAACCCAUGUCUUUCCUGAGUUCCCAGCCCCUGACCUAGGUAAUGUCCUCCUACAAGAAGGAGUCACCAUGAAUGAUGUGAAAACUCUGCAGCUUCUUUACAGGAGACACUGUGAGGCCACUUUGGAUGUUGUGAUGAACCUUCAAUUUCACUAUAUUGAGAAACUGUGGCAAUCCUUCUGGAAUCCUAAAACCCCACCUAGUGAUGGCUCUGCUGCCCUGCCAUCCAGCGAAGAGGAGCACGAAGGGACCCUCCCAAGGGACAAGCUGAUCACCCUGUGCAAGUAUGAACCCAUCCUCAAAUGGAUGAGGAGCUGUGACCACAUCUUGUACCAGGCCCUGGUGGAGAUUCUCAUCCCCGACGUGCUCAGACCGGUGCCCAGCACCCUGACACAGGCCAUUCGGAACUUUGCCAAGAGUUUGGAAGGGUGGCUGAUGAAUGCCAUGAGUGAAUUUCCCCCCCAGAUUGUCCAGACCAAGGUGGGGGUGGUGAGUGCCUUUGCCCAGACCCUGAGGAGAUACACAUCCCUGAACCACCUGGCUCAGGCUGCCCGGGCUGUGCUGCAAAACACUUCCCAGAUAAACCAGAUGCUCAGCGACCUCAACCGGGUCGACUUUGCCAACGUGCAGGAACAAGCCUCGUGGGUCUGCCAGUGUGAGGAAGGGAUGGUCCAGAAGCUGGAGCAAGAUUUCAAGCUCACUCUACAGCAGCAGAGUUCUCUGGACCAGUGGGCAAGUUGGCUGGAUAAUGUUGUUACUCAAGUCCUGAAGCAUCACGAGGGCAGUCCCAGCUUCCCCAAGGCAGCCAGGCAGUUCCUCUUGAAGUGGUCUUUCUACAGCUCCAUGGUGAUCCGGGACCUGACCCUGCGCAGUGCUGCCAGCUUUGGGUCCUUCCACCUGAUCCGCCUGCUCUACGACGAGUACAUGUUCUACCUGGUGGAGCAUCGUGUGGCCCAGGCCACGGGGGAGACCCCCAUUGCUGUCAUGGGAGAGUUUGGUGACCUCGCAUCCCUGUCCCCCACACUGCUGGACAAAGAUGACAUUAGUGACCUGGGCAGCGAGGUGGACACGGUCUCCAGGAGCGUGGGGGAACCUCUGGUGAAACGGGAACGCAGCGACCCCGGCCACUCCCUGCAGGAGAUCUGACCCAGGGCUUUGGCUUUUCCCCAGCUGGACGGAGCCAUCCGGAGCCGGGCUUGAGGUCACGAGCCUGAGCCUCCCCCCUACCUGUGUUGUUAGUGCCUCUUAGUUUCUCUUUUAUGUUUACUUGUGUUUGAGGAUGGGCUCCAGGGCUGAGCCCGGUGGGAUGGGGCUGGUUUGUCCCCCUGGAUUCCUCCUGCCUGCUGCUGGUUGGAGGGAGAAGGUCCAGAGUUCCCUGCUGAGUGAUGGAGCUUCCGUGGGCAGCGACGGUGGGACGUGCCUGGCCAGGAUUGGCCUGAGUCAGGCAGGAAAACGAGGCUUUCUCUUUCAGGGAAGGUGGUUUGGGUUUCUUCCCCACUUCUCAGACUUCACUGUGAUACAAACUUGAACCAAUCAGUGCCCAAGAAGAAGGAAAAAUCCCUGAGCCUUCUCCUCCAGCCUUUCCGGACCAGCUGUCCUGGCUCUGACUUUGCCAAAUCGUUCGUCAGGGAGCUCAGGGCAGCGGGUCUGUGUGUCCCCCUGGGGACAGGGCUGCACAUCCACCUGGGCCUGGAGGAGGGUGCACGUGUGUGCCCUGGGGCUGGCACGUGUGUGCCCUGGGGCUGGCACAUGUGUGCCCUGGGGCUGGCACGUGUGUGCCCUGGGGCUGGCACGUGUGUGUUCUGGGACUGACACGUGUGUGCCCUGGGACUGGCACGUGUGUGCCCUGGGACUGACACAUGUAUGUGCUGGGAUUGACAUGUGUGUGCCCUGGGACUGACACGUGUGUGCCCUGGGACUGACACGUGUGUGCCCUGGGACUGACACAUGUAUGUGCUGGGAUUGACAUGUGUGUGCCCUGGGACUGACACGUGUGUGCCCUGGGACUGACACAUGUGUGCCCUGGGACUGACACGUGUGUGCCCUGGGACUGACACGUGUGCUCUGGGACAGACACGUGUGCCCUGGGACUGACACGUGUGUGCCCUGGGACUGACAUGUGUUUGCUCUGGGACUGACACAUGUAUGUGCUGGGAUUGACGUGUGUGUUCUGGGAUUGACACAUGUGUGCCCUGGGACUGACACGUGUGCAUUCUGGGACUGACACGUUGUGUGCUCUGGGACUGAUGUGUGUGUUCUGGGGUUGACAUGUUGUGUGCUCUGGGACUGACACGUGUGCUCAGGGACUGACACGUGUGCUGUGGGACAACAGGACACGUGCUCCCCCUGCUCUGUGUCUGCCCAGCCUGGUGUUUCAUCACUGAUCUGCAAAUGCUCCUGGGACACUCUCAGACCAGCUCAAGAUACCAAAGGACUCUGAGGAACAGCACCUGCUCACCAAGCCUGUUGGUUCCCCCUGUCCCCUGAUGCCCGUGGCCGCUCCCAGGGACAAUCCCCAACCUGGCCAGGGUGCCCAGGCAGAGGGGACUGGUCCCACCUCCUGGUUUUUGUACAACUCUCCCUUGAUGUCCUGCUUGGUGUUGCAGGUGGGGCUGCAGCCAGAGCAGGGGCAGGGGGUGUGACUGCAGUGCCUUAGGGUGGGCUGGUGUGUCCCCCUGCUCUGGGUGGGCCAGGACAGCUCCAGCUCCCAUAAAACACCCCAGGGCUCAGCACCACAGCAGCGUUUCCCCUGGCUGGGUGGCUUUGCCUUCUCCUGCUUUGCCUUCUCCUGCAGCAGCCUCGUGGUGGUGGGUCCCUGGGGGAGCUCCUGCCCCUGCAGGGUUUUGUUCUCCCUCCCCAUGUCCCGUGGAGUCUUGGGAUGGUUGUGGACAACAGAGGAUGGGGAGGGUGGGAUCUGUCCUCAAGCCAAACUGCAAAAAACAAAACCCCAGGGCAAAUCUUUUCUGUGAAUAAAGGCUGUGUCUUAAAUAGC